CUGGAACUGACCUUGCUCAGAUGUCUGGCAUCUGUUCAUGUGAGAACUAGGGCACUACGUCCCUGGACUGCCCCCAGGAGCCCAGUAGGGAAGCAAGACUCCCAAGUCAGGGCAGAGUGAUCUGGACCAGGGCCAGUACUCGCAACUCUCCCCUAGUCCUCCUGACACAGGCUGCCUCCAGAACCAGUGCACUUUCUACCACAUCGCAAUAAUGAUGAGACCAAGGAGCAUAUCCAGAGACUAAACAGGCUUUCCACCUUGAAUGCUAUAGUUUGACAACUUGUGAAUACAGUUUGACUGGGAAGACAAAGAAACAAUUAAAACCAUUCAAGACGGCAUGUGCUCCAGUGUUUGAUUGCAUGGGACAGACUGGCAGUCCUUAGACAAUCCUGGAAGUCCCCAGAAAAAAGACUCCAUGGCUCUGCUCAUCCACCUAUUAGUAUGCAUCUUUGGCUCUGGUUCCUGGGUGGCCAUCAACGGACUCUGGGUAGAGUUGCCUCUGCUGGUAGAAAAACUACCUGAGGGUUGGUACCUUCCCUCUUACCUCACGAUCAUCAUCCAGUUAGCCAAUGUGGGACCCCUCCUCAUCACCCUGCUCCACCGGUUCCGGCCUGGCUGCCUCCCUGAGAUCCCCAUCAUCUAUGUAGUACUAGCCGUGGGCACCACCGCCUGCCUCCUUUUCGCUUUCCUGUGGGAGAAGACGUCAGUGGUGGCCGGUGCUCCCCAUAGCACGGCCUUCCUGGUCCUUACUUUCUUCCUGGCUCUGGUGGACUGCACCUCCUCUGUCACUUUUCUGCCCUUCAUGGCCCGCCUGCCAGCCCGAUAUCUCACCUCCUACUUUGUUGGGGAAGGCCUGAGUGGUCUCCUCCCUGCUCUGGUGGCUCUGGCCCAAGGCUCAGGGCUCAACACCUGUGCCCAAGUCACCAAUAGCUCUAUAACCACUGAGCCACCUAACAGCACUAAAGCAUCCUUCAUCCUUGAGUCACUGAACAUCACUGUGAAACCUGACCUCACCACCAGCACCCCUCAGCCAGAGACCUGUUACUUGCAAGCCAACUUCUCCCCCUUUGUCUUCUUUCUCCUGCUGACAGUCAUGAUGGCCAGCUGCCUGGCUGCCUUCUUUGGACUGACUCGUCUCCCUAAGCAGUGGGAACUCUCUACUGAGGACCUCCUGGUCAGUCAGGUGACUCUCAGAUCUUUCCAGCUCCAGGAAACUGGCAGCAGCAACAGAGACAGCUGCCCAUCUGUAGUCCUGCCUGAGGAGAAGCAGGUCACCAUCCGGCCACAGGCCCAAUUAGCCUUCAUCUACUUUUUGGUGGUCUUUGUGAAUGCUCUCACCAACGGAAUCCUCCCCUCUGUCCAGACUUACUCUUGCAUGCCCUACAGUUCUAUGGCCUAUCACCUGUCUGCAGCACUUAGUGCCAUGGCCAACCCCCUCUCCUGCCUCCUGGCUAUGUGCCUAUCUAGUAGGUCUCUCUCGUGGCUGGGGAUGAUCACCGUGGUGGGAACCGGGUUUGGAGCCUUCAACAUGGCCACGGCUGUCCUGAGUCCCUGCCCGCCGCUGAAGGGCUCCCCGUGGGGAGAAGCCCUCAUUGUUAUCUCUUGGGUGCUUUUCACUGGGACCCUGAGCUACGUGAAGGUGAUGACUGGGGUGCUGCUGCGCGACCUGAGCCACAGCGCCCUCGUGUGGUGUGGCGCAGCGGAACAGCUGGGGUCUGCUUUUGGGGCGAUACUCAUGUUUCCCCUCGUCAACGUGCUGCACUUUUUUAAGUCCGCCGACGGAAGCGGCCUGCAGUGUCCCAGCUGAAAGCGUGCGGGAGACAAUUUUUCCGGGCUGAAUUUCACUGGGCCAGGAAAGCCCAUCGCAUCCCCCUCCGAGCUUCCCUGGCCCUGGCACAGACACUCCCAGCUCCUCCCCCGCUCCUUCCCCAGCAGAGUCAAAGCUUCCAUAACCUGAGCCAUCAGCCCCCUGCCUCAGUCACAGCCACGAACUCCAUCGUGGUCAGCGUUCAGAAUCCAGCGUUACUGGCUUUUGGUGCGUGCUCUGCCGCUGCGGGAGAGUGGGCUAGUAGUCCUUGAGCCAAGUUCUCUGGAACCCCAAAGGGUAAGGAAACUGCCCAGAAUCACACAGCCGGUAUGCGGCAGAGGCAAGACUUGUCCUUUUCUAGCUUCGUAGUUAAAAUGCAUUUAUCCAUUCCUUUCUGAGAUCAAUAAAAUCGGUUUUCUACGUAUUUAAUACAACAAUUAGCUACGAAAUGCCUGCUAUAUUAUACUAUGCGCUGGGGAUUUAAAAAAUGUAAAAAACACAACUUCCCAUCCCUGAUGAGGGAACUCGAACACAACCCAUGGAAAUAAGAACGUGCUAAUAAUUAAGCAUAUUGGGAGAAACUUCCCAUUGGUGGUGACAUCUGAGCCGAGUUUUAAAAGAAGCUAAAGAUGCUAAAAGGCCGAGAUGAGAAGAUGGGACAUUCCAGAUUGGAAACAGAUAUGCGAGUGCCGAGAUCAGACUUAUAAUCGCUAUUAGGUAGAAUAUAGAUCUAUAGCUAGAAUAUAGAACCCAUGAAGGGAGGUAAUGGGAGAUAAAUUUGGAAUGGGAGAUUUAGUGCUAGUUUAGGAGAAUUUUUUUAAGUGCCAGAUCUAAGGAUUCUGUGUUUUAGCCUAGAAACAAUAGAAAGUCAAUAAAAUCUCUGGGGAGUAGCAUGGUCAGAAAUGUGGUUUAGAAAUAUCCUAUUGGCACUUGCAUGGAGAAUGGAGAGGAAGAGGAGAAACCAAGGCUGAAACCAGGCAAGAGUAAAAGGUCUUGAGUGAAGUUCAUUUUUCUUCAGAAAGUGCUUCUGACUUUCUGAAUUUCAAUACCCUUCACUCACCCCUACCCCCAAUAUUUUUGUCCUAUCUAAUUUUUCUGUUUGCUUCAUCCAUUAGAAUGCAAACUUUUUUUCAUAUGUUUGUAUCUCUAGCACAAAAUAAAAUUCCUGGCAAACAAUAUUUAAUAAAUAUCUGUUCUCUACCAGUUGAUUAAACUGGAGAGAAAGGGAUGAAUGACAGAUGUUAUAAUGACAAAAUUGAUUGGUUUGGCAACCAAUGGAUUUGGGAGAGGAGAGGGAGGGAUUUAAGGGAGAGGAAAUAAUAUUACUCUGAGGUUGUAAACCUGAAUGAAUGGAAUUUGAACCAUGGUGGUACCUUGACUAAAAAAGGGAAAGUUGACAAAAGGAUGGAUUUAACAGGAGAAAAUUACAAGUUAUAUUUUGGAAAUGUUAAAUCUGAAACACAUGGGAUAUAUAGGUAAAGAUAUCCAACUGUCAGUGAUGUAGGGCUGGAGAUCAGGAGGAAGAUAAGGGCUGUACUAUGUAUAUUUUGGGUAUUUUGGUCUCACAAGUGCAUAGAUAUAUGAUCACCAACACAGGAAAUAUAAUGAAAUCACAUAAAGAGAAAAAAGGCAAGGGAGAAGAGUACUUUUGGGUACACUCACACUUAGGUAACAGAACAUAGAUCCCAAAGGAGACGGAAAAAAUGGGCAAAGUGGGGGGGGGAGGAAAGAGAAUUCUCAGAAGUCACAAGGAGACAGGAUCCAAGAGGAAGAUGUAAUUUACAGGAAGUCAAAAUGGGUAUAUUUAGAAAAGGAAAAAGAAAUAUUAUUUGUUAGCUAUAGGGGAUGAGAGGAUCAACUGAAGAUUUUUUUUUUAAUGAUAAUGAUCUGGAUAUGACCUAUGCAUAUGUAGUAAAGGAGCCUAUGAGGGAAAAAGGAUGAAAGAGAAUCAGUGAUCAAAAAGGCAAGUUCUGGAGCAGACAAAA